CAUUUUUCCCAAACCCAUUACCAACGGUCAGAAAUGCGGCAAAUGCCUCUCUCCUCCAGUCCUCCUGUAAAAAUCCUACUCACGGAACCCCAAAUUGAAAUCCCUAACGGCUAACAAUGUCGAUUAUCUUUCAAUCUCGCAUGUUUACGACUGAACAAAGAGAACCCUACUAGACUUUUGCCUCCGUUCCUGAUCUGUCCAUCCCAGAGUGCUGUCUUCCUUCCGCUGCUGUGCUCAACGAAUUUAUGUUGUCAGAAAGCCUCCCUUUUCUCCCCGGAUUUCGUUGCCGCAGUACAAUAUUCAGGAGCCACAGUUUGCUGGUCGUUGCAUUAAGUCUCCGUCCACAGCUAUCUUGCCCACGCUACUCUGCCAUCCGUACAGCAUCUACUUAAUAUACCCUCUUCUUUUCCCUCAUAUGUUGUUUUAUAUUUAUUCAUCUUGAAUUGUAUAAUUUGACUUGAAGUGGAUCAAAAUUUAUAGUGUUUAUAACUGACACUCUGCACACACUCAACACAGUUCGUGAGAUCUUGAUAUGCAUGCAUGGUACUGCAUAACUUAACUAAGAUUUUAAAAUCUGAGUUUGAGAGAUGACAUAAUACUCAAGGGAUCACUCUUUAGACUAACCUACUGGUAUUCACAAUGUGGAUUGAAAACUUUAUCAUGAAAAGGAUGGUUGUAGAUUGUGGAAGUGUACUUGAUUCUUUGCUAUACAUAUUUGAGAAGAGUAGACUUUAUGAAGUUUAGUCAUUUAGAAAUGCAAUGGACAGUCUUCAGGUUUAACUUCAUGUUAGUCUCAGUUAAAGGGGUUAUUUCCUUUCUAGUGAUCUUGGGAUGAUAUAUUUGUCAUAUUGCCAUGAUGCUGAGGUUCUUGAUUGUUGGGGUUGGCUGGGAUUGCAGUGUUUUCCUUGGCAAAUCACCCUUAAACUACAUGGGCAGAUAUAUUUUUCUUAUCUCAUUUGAAACUUUUGAGGGCUAUUUUGUAUCUAUAACCUUUUCUUUUUGAGAUUUUUCUCUGGUAUUUAUUUUUAUUAUUUUAAGGAGUUCUAUAUCUUCUGUUUUUAUUUCAGAAAACAAAAAUGAGGGAAAUAACAGGUUUUUUUUUUUUUUUUUUGGUGGAUUGAUUGAGAAAUUAACAAGCUGCUUCUUUGAAAAUUAGAAAAUGCUUUUUUAUGUAAUAAGCAGCUUCUUUGAAAAUUAGAAAAUGCUGUUUUACGCCUACAGUUUUCUAAAGGCCCUGUACAUUACUUUUUUCAUAAUUAUUAAUACUGUUAUAUGUUACAUAAAUCUUUUUAAUCUAU